CCACCACGAUCAACCAAGUUCCACGCCGUUAUUAACCGCGUUUCAUAAACGAGGAACGCUCACAAUCUUUUGAUAUCUCGUUCAUUCCGGCUGGAAUCGUCAUCGUUUAAACAGUUUGUUGAAAGAAACAUCAGUUCAACAAACUCGCGUUACUUUUUUUUUUCACCGGUGUUACAAAUAAAUACAUCGUGUAUUUUUGUGAGCGAAUCAGUUCGCAAAAUUUCAUUGAAUAUAUUGUAUCCACAAUAUAUAUAUAUAUAUAAAUAUAAUAAAGCAAGAUGAAACCUUGGACAGCAAUAAUAUUCGUGUUACUCAGCAUCACCGGAACAUUUGCCGAAAUCAAGACUGAAGACGAUGUCUUAGUCAUUACAAAUGGAAAUUUUAAAGAAGCCACCACUGAACAUCCUUUUAUUCUUAUUGAAUUCUAUGCACCAUGGUGCGGUCAUUGCAAAGCAUUAGCGCCCGAAUAUGCUAAAGCGGCAAAAAAAUUAUUAGAAAUUGAAUCAGAAAUUAAACUCGGUAAAGUUGAUGCAACAGUUGAAUCAGAAUUAGCUGAGAAAUACGAUGUAAAAGGUUAUCCAACACUUGUAUUCUUCCGUCAUGGUGAAUGGAUUGAAUACAGUGGCGGUAGACAAGCUGACGAUAUUGUCAAUUGGGUUUUGAAAAAAACUGGACCAGCCGCUCAAGAAUUGAAAACUGUUGACGAAGCUAAAGCCCUAAUGGAAGAACAUAAAGUCUUUGUUAUUGGAUUCUUCAAAAAUCAAGAAUCUGAAGAAGCAAAGGUAUUCUUGAAAGUUGCUGAUGCCGUUAAUGAUAUUGUAUUUGGAAUUUCUUCAUCUGAAGAAUUAUUUGCCGAACAUGGUGCUGAAGAUAAAAAAGUUAUUCUCUUCAAACAAUUCGAUGAAGGUAAAAGCGUGUUUGCAGGUGAAUUUGACCAAAAGGUAUUGACAAAUUUCGUCAAAGUUGAAUCAUUGCCACUUAUUAUUGACUUUAAUCAUGAAACCGCACAAAAAGUAUUCUCUGGUGAUGUCAAGAGCCACCUUUUGGUCUUCCUUAGCAAAAAAGCCGGUCAUUUUGACAAAUAUGUGAAAAAUCUCGAGGAAGCCGCCAAGAAACAUCGUAAAGAUAUUUUAUUCGUAACAAUUGAUGCCGAUGAAACUGAUCACGAACGUAUUCUCGAAUUCUUUGGAAUGAAAAAAGAAGAAGUUCCAGCAAUGCGUAUCAUUAAAUUAGAAGAAGAUAUGUCAAAAUACAAGCCUGACAAUGAUGAAAUUACAACUGAAAAUGUUAUGCAUUUCGUUGAAUCAUUUGUCGCUGGUAAAGUAAAGAGACAUUUGCUCACUCAAGAUUUGCCUGAAGAUUGGGACAAAGAACCAGUCAAAGUUCUUGUUGGAACUAAUUUCCAUGAAAUUGCACACAAUAAAGAGAAAGAUGUUCUUGUUGAAUUUUAUGCACCAUGGUGUGGACAUUGCAAACAACUUGUACCAAUCUAUGAUUCUCUUGGUGAGAAAUUCAAGGAUAGAGACGAUAUUGUUAUUGCAAAAAUGGAUGCUACAGCCAAUGAAUUAGAUGAUGUUAAAAUUUCCAGCUUCCCAACAAUUUACCUUUACAAGAAGGAAACAAAUGAGGUUGUUGAAUACAAAGACGAGAGAACACUUAAAGCACUUUCCGAAUUCCUUGAACGAGGAGGUGAAAAAGACUCCACCAGCGAAGAGACUCAAGAACAAGACGAGGACGACGAUGCACCUCGAAAAGAUGAGUUGUAAAAACAAAAAAUAUCAAGAAAGCAUUCUUCAUUCAUCUUUAUGCUUCGUAAGGACGGGAUUUUGCUGUUCCAUUUAUUUUUCUAAUGGAAAUGAAAUCCCCCAAUUUACCAAUCGUUUCUGAUGUUUAUUUUCAUCAAAAAAAAAUAAAUCGUCACACCUGUAUAAAUAAUUUAAACUCGCACACACGAGGCCUUUCGCGGACCAAAGGGUAUAAAAAAUCAAAUUUUCUUUUUUAAGUUCAUUUUUUUUGUAAAGAUUUUUUGCAAAGACCUCGCGUGACGUAAUAAUGCAGUUUAUUAAAUUUUGUAUGUACAUGGCUUUUUUUUUUUUUUUUUUUUUUAAUCUUAAACACUUUGAAACAGUGUUUAUUUGUUUUGUUCGUUUUGAUUGUAUCGAUUUGAUUAUAUAUAAUCAAAGUAUAAUCAAAGUGUACUUACACUGCUCUUCCAUAAGCGUUAAUUAUUAUUAUUAUUAUUAUCAUCAAUUUUUGGAAACUUUCAUUCGUGAUGUAGACAGAUUUAUUUAACAAAAAAAAAAAAAAAAGGAAAAAUGUGCAAAAAAUGUUUAGGGUAAGGUUCCUCCGUAACCCUUGUGUAAUUUUUAUUUUUAUAUGAAACCGCAUUUUUAAUAGUAUAUUAUGUAUAUUGUACUAAAAAUUCCAUCAAUAUUGUUUUAAGUUUAUUAAAAAGAAAAGCAUUUUCAACGAUGCUGUAGAGAAUUAAAUUUUUUAUUUAUUUAAAUAUUAAACAAUUCUAUCUACAGCAUUUUGUUUAAUACAAUGGUUGUUAUUUAAGAAGAUUUUAGACUGGAGUCCGGUUUAUUCGAACUCUUAGUUUUGACUGAAUAAAAAAAAGAAACGUUUUAAGAAAUUUAAAAGAAAAGCAUGAAAUGAAACUAUAAAAUUCUUACAUGAUUCUUAAUAUAUAUAUAUUAUAUAAAUAUUAUUCUACAUUUGUCA